UUUUUACCUUUUUUUAUAUUAUACAUUUCUAUUUAUUGUAAAGAAAUAAUUUCCUUCUAAAGGGAGAAUGUUUGAAGAUGACGAUGAUCUGUUAUGCGAUAGUCCUUAUGUAAAUGGUCAUUGGGAAUGGGACACAACAGACGAGGAGUUAAAGUUUAUGAGCAAAAAUUUAAAAAACGCAUGCAAAGAAAGACCUCUGAAAAUGACGUCGUUAUGCUUCAGGACGUGAAGGAUGUGGUGUUAUUUACCGCGCCGAGCUCAAUAUUGUCUCCAGCCGUGAUAAACAUGUUACACCUGCCCACCACUGAGCGGUUUUUACGAGCUUUAAUAUUGUGCUGCCAGUACUAUCUACAGAUAUGGGAAGUAAUGAGUCUACGUACCAUAGAACUGGAGACCAAAAUACCUACGGACAGAAGCAAAAAGAUUGAGUUAAAUUAUCGAGAGGAUCUAGAAGAUUUGCGCUUACUUGUCGCUAAAGAGUAUUGCAUUAUUAUUUCGGGUGGAGAAGAAUACACCAAAUACCAUCACAUGGAUAAAGAAAAAAAGCAAUCUAUGUCUAAAAAAGAAGCAACAUUAUUUGAAACGAUAAUCUGUAUCUCUAUUCAAAUCGUAUGGAUUGCUCUCGGUCGAAAGUACUACAAUCAGAUCGAACUCGAAAUAAAUCGAAUGCUAAAGUCCGAUAUUUACAAUUCAGCGGAACACAAGCGUGAUACAAAAUAUCUAUCUAAAAUGAAUCCGAGAGAACGUUUAGUUCUCGUUGGGCACUGCAUGCAUGUCGGAAAAAAACUGAACACGCGCUCUCCUCUGAUGAACGAGGUGUUCUGCGAUCGAAACAUUGGUUUUCGAUUGUACGGACUCGGAGCGUUGCAAUAUUCCAGGUUGAAUACCCGACUGAGAUAUUUAGAAAGUAUUUUGUCUGACCCGGAACAUACUUUUGGAAAUGUAGGCAUAACUCUAGGCAUAAUUGGUAUACAGCGCGCUAAAUUUGACAUUAUGCUGAGGGAAUUAAGUAUGGCAGCCAGCACCAGUGGGUCCUCAUCUAGCAUACGGCAAUCAAUAUCACGAAGUUCAAGAGUAUCAAGAGUUUCAAGAGUGAUGUCGCGCAGAAGUACAGUUACAGCGGUACCGAAAAAGCUCUAUCCAGAUAUUUGCAUCCCAGAAAAAGGACCGGAAUCUCUGCCAGAUCAAUUCCCUCGCAAAAUGCUCCCAAAACUCUCCAGACAUGCAAGGAACAAGUCCUACAACGUACCGCCCUAUGACCAUGAACCUGAGGCCACGUGUGCCUGUCUUAACACCAGCAACCUCGCCGUUUAG